AUGAUGGCGGCAGCGGGAUGCGGAUCAGCAACCGCGGCUGCCGUUGUGGGGGCGGGCGGCGUUGGUGCAGCGCGUGGUCGCUUCCCCGGUCGGCCGUGGUCGUCGCGGAGCCGUUUGCGCUCGGAGAAGCGAUGGCAGCUCGGCCGCUCCGGGACAGAUCAAGACGAGAUCUCCUCCAGCGGAGGCCCGAGGCCCACCUGCCUGGUGUUUGCGCUGAACGAGGACCAGUCCCACUUGCGCCUGCUCGGGAUCGAGGCGAGCUACAAGAGCCUGGGGGAGGCUGGAUACAGCUCGAGCGGGAGCGAGGAGGGAUCUGAAUUCAAAGGCUUUAAAGUUGAAGAUGAAGACGGCAGUGUCCCAGUUUGCCCUGUACGAAAUCCUUGUAGACGUAAUCGUGCAAAGUCGUCGAAGAGGAUACGUCAAAGGAAAGCUCCUGCAAUUGCUGCAUUGGAUAACACAGGUUCACAAGAUCCUCAAAAGGAUUCAGGUUCUGCACAGCAACUACACAGUCAGCAGCCUCUAAAGAACCCUGUAGUAGAUGAUGGUGGUGGUGAUGGUGGUGGGGGUGCUGAAGGAUCACAAAAAUCCUCUAAAUCCAGGAGGAAAAGGGGGUCAAUAAAACAGGAGCCUCAAUCAGCUCCAAGGAUCACCAUCAAGUUGGUGACUAAAAAGACCAUGGUCCCCUCAUCGCAACGUAAAUCUGGUAAAAAACGGAAGGGAAUAAAAUUCAAAUCUGAAAUUAUAGAGGAUCAAUGUACCCAAAUCUCAAGCGCUCAUGUGAAAUUAAAAACUAGCAUACCAGCCAGUGACUGCAAUAAUGGUGAGGCAAAAGAGGAGAUUUGUGCCAGAAGGCGAGGAAGAUCUGCAGACAAGAAAUUGGAAUCUGCUCCUCAAUCGGAUCCUGAGAAAGCGAACAAUGAGCAAAAACUGAAGUUGAGGAAAUCGACACGAAAGACUCAAAACUCGCUGCCCGGUGAAAGCACAGAGCCAAAAACAGAUGAAAAGCCAGAGCAAGAGGGUGCUGAAGUGAAUAAGCUUGUGAUUAGGAGACAGCGCAAAAGGUCCUCAAACUUUGCACAGGAGUCUGAAAACCAGAGUUUGGCAGAGUCGUUGUUGGAAGUCUCGACUAUUGAAGAAUCCAGGUCGCCAUCAAAAAAGAAAAAGGAGAAAAGGAAGAAAAAGAAGAAGAAGAAAAGCAAGGACUCAGAAAGGACUCGGGAAUCUGAUGAUUCCCAUGAAAAGUUCUUCUUCAACAGUGAUUUUGUCGGAAUUCCAAGUUUAAAGUUGACCAGAAUACGCAACCCUAAAACCAGAUCUCGCAAAAAGCGCUGCAGAGUUGUUUGGACUCUUACGCUGGUCAAAACCAAAAACAAAGAUACCCAAGAAAACGCAAGUAAAACAGAAGAAAGCCACAUCAAAGAGGCAGGACCUUCUUCUGAUCCUGUUGAGGAAGAUGUUUCUACAGAAGCAGAAUCCACGUCCCAGACUUCCAACACAUUGGAGGCUGACACAUCACAAGAGCAGCAAACCUUGGAAAUACCUGCCGACACUGAAAUUUCUGAAAAUGCAGAGAGCCCAAUGCCCAUUGAGGAGGUUGAAGAGACCUCAAAGGAGGAAAAUGAGGAGGUCCUGGAAAGAUCAGAAGCUGCUACAGAAGCACAUCCAGAAGAGGCCACUCAGACAGAUCCUGAAGAUCUGACAAGGAAAGAAAUCGUUCCUCCACUUCAAAUAAAGGUUGUCUGCUCCCCAGGCAAAAACAACAGUUUAAAGCAGUCCUUCUUGAUUCAGCAAGUCACAACUUCUCCUGAAAUAAAGGAACUCUCUGCAAAAGCUGAAGACCAUCAGAUAUCGGAGAAGACGGAGAAUGUGUUAAAAAUUACUCCGGUGCACAGAAGAAGGAAUCGGUUACGUCAAAACACUGCCCGGAAGAAGCGUGGAAAACAUAAACACUGGACAACAUACAGGCGUAAAUGUAAAACAAAUCCACCGAAAGAGAACCUCGCUUCUGAAAUUGAGGCUCAGGUGGAUGAGUCUCCAGUAUCGCCAUCAACAGUGCCAGCACCUUCCGAAUCGAAACCAAAUAUGCAGUUGGGUGAAGCUGAGCAUAAAAGUGAAAAAGGGUCCAUUUCACCUAAUACAGAACCCCAUCCACCUGAAGCAUCUGAACCACAGGUCAUUGAACAAACUGUUGAAUCUUCACCAACCAGUCCUGCACUUGUGACCGAGCCCCAACAGGAGAUAAAAGUGGAGGAGAAACCAUCAACUGAGAUUGAAGAGGUUUUAGAUGUAGAGGCUUCAGAGAGAGUUAAGCCACAGGUUCCUCGUCCCGUAAGGAGGCGAAUUAAACACGUCAGACGUAAACGUAGGGCUUUGAUUGGACGGAAGUUAAAAAAUCCAAGACUGAGACCGAAGGAGUUAGUUGAGGUUGAAGUUAGUGUAGAUUGUCCUCCAGUGAUGCCCUUAGAAGUAGAGGAGCCGAAACCACUCAAUCUGUUUUCAACAAAAUGCAAGAGGAAACGAAUUUCAAGUCGUCGGUGUAUAGGAAGUAAAAGAAAAAGAGUCAAGCUCCUGUCGAAGCCAUUGGAAAACACCAGUGAAGAUCAGAUGUCUAAGCAGGGAGACACGGAUUCAGUGAGCGAGAAACCAGAUCAAGACGUUCAGACCAGCAAAACCAAGUUCAUGAAAAACAUAAGACAUUUCAUAAUGCCAGUUGUGAGCGCCCGGUCCUCUCGGGUUAUCAAAACGCCAAAGAGGUUCAUGGAUGAUGCUGGUAUGUCUGACCUGCCCCGCAAGAACUCUGGGAAGAAGCUGGGUCUGCAACCGAGAACAAAGAGACAAGAUUCUAGUGACAAGGGUGAACCUGAAUCCCUUCAGUCUCAGGAUGAAGAUGAUGAUGAUGAUGAUGAUGUGAGUGAAACUCGGACCGAUUUUGAUUUGUCUUCCACCCUGGAAUCAAAACCCAAAUCAACCGAUGACAAUGAGGAUUUUGGUGUAGAAACACCUUCUGGGAAAAGGCGCUCGCUGCUCCGAGAUCCCGGUUUUAAAUGGGGAGUGCUGGAACCUGCCAGUGAGGAUGUGUAUACUUUUGAUGAAGACCUUGACAAAGAGCUGGAGACCUUGUUAUCUGCCAAAGAUUUUUCAGUGGAUGCAUUACUCGCCCCUGUCCAAAAGAAGAAAAGGUCCACGAAAUUCAAAGCGCAGUCAUCGAAAUUGAAGUUAUACAAAAAGCUGAAACUCAAACAGAGUCUCGCAAAGCGCCAAAAGACCCCAGCAGGUGAAAUUAAAAAAGUUGUUUCGCUCCCUGCCAAGGCAAAGAAGACAGAAUUGGAAAAAGGUGCCAGUUUAAUCCAGUCUCUCAGAGACAUGAAGAGGGAAAAAGCCAAACUUAAGAUUGAGGAUCUCAACACCCCUGGGGUUGUUCGCAAAGUCUCCAUCUGUGUCCGAGCUCUUAGUUCCAAGUUGCUAGCGCAACACCAGACAAAAGACAUCGAAGAGGAUGAACUGACAGAUGAAUUCUCCAUUCAUACAGACAUCUCGCUUCCCAACAAAUGUAAAGACUUUGAUAAACUGCAUCUGGCAGAAUCUAAAGGUCUGACUUCUGAGGAAGCUGCGGAAAACGCGCUUGACGUUGAAGAGAAAGUCGCCUCUCAUCGUCCUCGCCUUACAGGAGCUAACAAGCGCAUGUUCAACCUCCUUAAGAAAGCCAAGGUCCAACUCAUCAAAAUAGACCAGCAAAAACAGUUAAAAUCGUCUGGGCUCUUGCCAGAAGGUAGGAUCACAGCAACAAAGAGGCAGAGACGAAAACCAAAGGAACGGCGUGAAAAUGCCUGUCCUGACAAGACUGAUGCCUCUUCAGAGCAGGAGCCUGCCAGAGGAGGACCGCGCAUUAAACACGUUUGCAGGGCUGCAGCUGUGGUUUUGGGGCAACCUCGUGCCAUAGUCCCGGAUGACAUCCCGCGACUGAGCGCGCUACCCCUGCACGAGAGAUCAGACAUAUCCCCUACACCUGCAGAGAAAGGUGUUGAGUCUCACUCUGAUCCAGAAAGCCCUGCAUUACAAGAACACAGGACACCAAAGUUUCGCAAAAGUAGAGCUCAUCUGCUCGCGAGCCGAAACCGAAGGUGUGGCGAGUGUAAAGGUUGCCACCAUGAAGAGGACUGUGGCAGGUGCAUAAAUUGCCUGGAUAAACCCAAAUUUGGUGGCCCCAACACGAAGCGGCAGUGUUGCGUAUAUAAGCGAUGCGAUGCGGUUGAGGCGCGAAAAGCCCGGAGACAGAGUGGGAAGGCCCCAAAAGGGAACAUGAAGAAGCGGCGUCCAUCCAUCAGCGCGGGUCUCUCGAGUAACGAAGAUGGCGAGGGCGCAGAUGGAAACGGGCGGACGUUUCCUAAUACUUUGGGCGACAGCCCAUCUGUACGCAAACAGCCACGUCGACACGUCAAACCACGUUCCUACUUUGACCUCCUGGAUUACGACUCCGACUUCGACUGGAUUGGUGCUUCGAACUCCACCUCCCCCGGCCGCAGGAAAACUCUUGGCUUUCGCAACGCAGAUUUUGUGUCAUUUGAUGACUUCAUCGGCGACGCUUUUGACGAAGGUGUGCGACAUCGCAGGCCUGGUUUCUCCAAGGUUCCACCAAUCAGAAGGAAAACCGAGAAGAGUCCUCAGGAACAGACUCCACCCAGCGUUCUCGCUGCACUCGCCAACGGUUUUGCUGAGAGAGAGACGGAGCCCGAGGAACCCACGCACAAGAUCUGUGUGGAUUUUAAGGAGGACUUCAGUCUGGAAAGCGCUUGGCUCACGGGAGGUCUAAGUAUCCUGACUUCUCUCCCUCUUGUGCCUCAGUACGUCUGCCUGCUGUGUGCCAGUAAAGGCCAACAUGAGAUGCUGCACUGUCAAGUAUGCUGUGAGCCUUUCCAUCGGUUCUGCUUGGAACCUUCCGAGCGCCCCCUGGAGGAGAACAAGGAGAACUGGUGUUGUCGUCGCUGCAAGUUCUGCAGGGUCUGCGGCCGCAAGAACAAAGAAACCAAGCCUCUACUGGAAUGUGAAAGGUGUCAAAAUUGUUACCACUCUGCCUGUCUGGGUCCCAACUACCCCAAACCCAACAAACGUAAAAAGCUUUGGGUGUGUAUGACCUGCAUAAGGUGUAAGAGUUGUGGCGUGACUCCAGGAAAGAGCUGGGACACGGAGUGGAAUCACGACAAGGGUUUGUGUCCCGACUGCACACGAUUAUUUGAUCAAGGAAACUACUGCACCAUGUGCUUCAAGUGCUAUGAAGAUAAUGACUAUGACAGUCAGAUGAUGCAGUGUUCCACAUGUAACCACUGGGUCCAUGCUAAAUGUGAAGGGCUGACAGAUGACCUGUAUGAAAUCCUGUCCAGUCUGCCCGAAAGCGUGGUUUACUGCUGUCAGCCAUGCUUACAAUCCCACCCUGAUGGAGAAAUCAGUGGAGCUGGCUGGAGGGAGGUGCUUCAUCAGGAGCUCAGGGCCGGCCUGGAGAAAGUGCUGUCUUGCUUGCUUAGCUCCCCCCUUACCAGCCACCUGGUCACCUGCAAGGGGUGUGCUGCGCUGGGUUCUCCCAACACUGUGACUGAAGCUUUGCCCGUUUGUGACCUCCACGCUGUCGGAGUGAAGUUUGAGGAAGGCUUGUACACAUCCCUGAAAUCUUUUCAUGAGGAUGUGAUCAAAGUGAUUUGCCGUCACAUUGAAGAAGAAGAAGGCCUACCAGAGGAUGAAAGACCCACUGCUCUGGCCCGCUCCUAUUAUCUGACGCUAAUAGAGGAAGUUUACGGUUGGUUCAACAGUCAAGACCCUAAAGUGUGGGAUCCACGUUCCAAACAUCUGCCUGCUGGUAUGCUUCCACAUGCCGUAAUGCCUCCAAACUAUGAGCAUGUUUAUGCACAAUGGCGUGAGAUGGACAGCUGCGAUAAGACUGGGGAUGGCGCAUCGCAGCUGGUUGGAGGACAUGUUGAUAUUAAAAUGGGAGAAGCGGCAGAUCUUUCCACACCUUUGGCGCAUAACACCAGCAGGAGCUGCUAUAUGGACAUGAGUGCGCUACGACUGCAGCUGAAAGGUAAAAAGGGUCGCUCCUCUAAAGCAGACCUAGACACUGGUUGGUCAAAAGAAGAUGAAAGGCAAUGCGCGCUGUGCCAAAAAUAUGGGGAUGCAAAAGCCAGUGAUGCAGGUAGACUGCUUUAUCUGGGGCAGAAUGAGUGGGCCCAUGUGAACUGCUCUAUGUGGUCUGCGGAGGUGUUCGAAGAAGAUAAUGGCUCACUUCUGCACGUCCAUAGUGCUGUUGCUCGAGGUCGUCUGAUGCGUUGUGAACGAUGUAACCGAACUGGGGCGACGGUAGGUUGCUGCCUUACUUCAUGCCAGAGCAACUACCACUUCAUGUGUGCCCGCCACCGCAACUGUGUCUUCCAGGAUGAUAAAAGAGUCUUCUGUCACAAGCACCGGGACCUUAUAAGUGGAAAAAUUAUCACUGGUCAAGGGUUUGAAGUGCUUCGGAGAGUUUAUGUGGAUUUUGAAGGGAUAAGUCUUCGCAGGAAGUUUUCGACUGGAUUAGAACCAGAAUCAAUCAAUUUAAUGAUAGGUUCUUUACUAGUAGAAAAGCUGGGAAAGCUUAGUGAAUUAUCGGCAUGUCAUGGGAAACUUUUCCCUGUGGGUUAUAAAUGCUCUCGCUUUUAUUGGAGUACUGUAAACCCUCUUCGGCGCUGCAAAUAUACAUUUCGUGUUCGAGAUGUCCGACCCCCUGUUCAGGAAAAACCAGUGGAAGAGCUACCCAAUCAGGGAGAAAAUUGCACAAUUGCCCACAGCCCAUGCCCCCAGUCAGAAUCUGAAGCUCAAGUAGCAGACUUUACCCCUACAAAUCCUUCCACUGAAAGAGAUUCCACCUCUGUAUCUGUUUUUGCCAAACCGGACUUCGGUGCCCGACCCAAAAUCUCUUUAUACCCUCAGAACAGAAGACCUGCUGGAGGGCUGUCCAGACCACUGCCUUCUCCAGGAGCUGCCCCAUCCAAGCCUCACCACAUCUUGACUAUUAGUGAUUUGGACGACACUCGAAGGCCACGACGGCAUAGCCCACACUCUCAGAAUAGUAAUACCCGCAGUCACAUGACGUCCCCUACUCUUGGAUCCCCAGCAGGCCCAAUCACAUCUAGAGCUGGUGGAUCCCACAACCAUAAAUCCUCCCAACCUUCCUCACCAGUUUUUCCUCUUGGUGCUACUGAAAACUUGCUGACCUCUUCAUCAGCUCGCCCUGUUGGUCGAAGUGCUUCCUCAGUCUGGGGUUCUGGAAUAUUGAUGCCCCAUUCUACCUCAGGACUGUUUUCACAGUCCACAUGGCAAGGUGGCAUUGGCAGUACACCAUGCACCAACCGAGCCCUUAGCUCUCCCACCCAUCUCUCCACAAGACCCCGACCUUUUGAGUUCAGUCAUUUAGACUCUGUAGAACUUCCACACAAUUUCAUAGCAUCACCACAAGAAUAUCCAACAGAAAAUGGUGCCUUGCCUUUAGGAGACCCUUUAGGUAUGCAAAAAGUCAAUCAUCUAGUAAGCGACAAGGAUUUCUCUUACCCUUCCUUUCACUUAGAGGCAGACCUAACUAUUGCACCGGAGCUAAAAACUGAGCUUGAAAUUGAAGAAACUGUGCUGAAUGAGGGAGUAGCCAUGAACUGCAGUGCGCAAAUUGUAGUUGGCGAAGAAAGCCAGGAAGGCUUUUGGGUCCCAGAAGAGAAGUCAAAAAUGUCCGCUUCCAGAUUGACUUGUUCAGUUGAUCCUUGUAGGCAAGACUGGGACAAUAGUUCUUCUGAUGAAGACAUGGAGAACUACUUUAAUUUCACUCGCACUGUGGUUAGUCGCAAGGCUCCAAAAGAUGCCUCUCUGACACCUACAUCUCCAUCUUUGAGGCAUAUUUCCCAACUUGAUGGUGUAGAUGAUGGGACAGAGAGUGAUACAAGUGUGGCUAAUACUGAUAACCAGAGAAUGAAGAAAUUGAAUCAGGUCCAAAAGCCACACAAGUCAUUUAAUCCUGAACCCCACGAACAGACAGCCAGCAAUGGGCUCUGCUUAGCUUUUCCAAGUCCUGUUUCUAAUAUUUCAUUAAAUAGGUGUUUUUUAGAACCCAUGUCUAAUCCUGUUGACACUCCUGCCUCGGAGGCUGUUGUUGUUUCUGAUCCUUCUACAGUAACUCAACCAUUGCAUUCAAACCCUUUGGUUUUUUUACCUCCACAAGACUCCACUUUGACUAAUUUCGUUGACCAUACGUCUUUAAACACAGCAUUUUCUGCAUACAGUGAAGAUUACCAAACAUCUAGUUUAGUUUUUGACCCAGAGACACCCCUGAUCCUUGAGAGGUGUGAUCCACCUUUACCCAGUGCAAGUUUCACGGAGCUGGUCCCAGUUCAGGAAUACUCUACUGUUGAAACUCAAAAAGAGUCAAAGGAAAUUUACUUGGAUCCUAGUAGUGGGCACUUUGUAUCUACUAUGGAUGACUCUACAGUUUACCCAAACAACUUGCCAGAGGCUAUUUCUGACAUUCUUACUUUGGGCCCAGUUAAUGGAAUUCAGACUCCACUGCAUCAAAUUCCUGUUCCCUACACAGAGUUACCUAUAUCUGCAUCAUCUGUUGAACAUUUAUCCUCCGAUCCCUCUGUUCAAAAUCCUUUAACAACAUUUCCAAGCCAGGUACCUUCUUCAAAUGUUCAUUUGUAUCCUGUUCAAACUCCUGAGGGUAGAAUGGUCUUGCCUCCCAUGGAGAGUUUCAGAACCAAACUGCAUCCCCCUGCAGACCCAAAACAACCAGCCCCUUCAGUCCCUGGAGGCGCAAUGCCGUGUGUUCCCACAAAUUUGCCACAGAAACCAGAUUCAAUGCUCUCUGUGCCAUCAGCCACUGGUGUGCCCCCUGGGACUUAUGAGCCAGUUUCUGCCACAGAGUCUGUCUCUUUGUAUCCCGUUUACUCGCAGCCCAUUGGUUCUACAACAGUCGGCGAAGUUUUGUUAUCUCCAUCUGUAACCUCUCAAACAUCAGUUCAGUGCCAAUCAACACCUGCUGCCAUUGAGCCAGACUCUGCUCCAGGUGUCAUUAAUGGUUACAACACCAUGCCUAUGCAAAAAGAAACUGGCCCAGGACGGACAAUUUCCAUAAAUUUCUCAACCCCCAGAACAACAUCGGAACCUCAACAACAGUUGGUUACCCAGGCAUUACCAGGUCACGCUAUUCUCACUGUAAAAGAAGUGGGUGGACCCAAUGUGGAUCCCACCCCACAUGUUUUACUAGUCAAUCGACUGGGUCAGAUUUUUGUCAAGAACCCUGAGAGCAACACCUUCCAGCUUCCAACUCCAAACUCACCUUCUUUCAAUUGCGUCACCCAAAUUGCCAGCCUCUUGCAAAGCAAUGCCUUGUCAGCAACACUUGCUGCAGCUAGUAACUUGUCCACAGUGGCCGGGCCCACAAUUCCAGCACAAGUCUCCCAAAUUGUGACUCCAAUGGUACAGACCUCUAACACCAUUACCCAGCUACUCACUACCAGUAGCAAUGGGUCAGCAUCACUACCAGCUGAUGCUAAGAAGCCUCGUAGGAAUGCCAAAGCUUCUUUAGAUAGUUCCACAGCAGGAAUGAAGAAACCACGGACAAAGAAGGAUUCCUCCACACCUAGGCGGCCCAAAUCUGGUCCCUCAAGCAAACAGUCUGCAGGUCAGAUUACAACUUCAUCAGAUGUCUGUAAUCAAGCGGAAAGUGCUCAAGCUAUCAUCAACCAGGCUAUGGCUGGUUAUUAUGAUCCCAACAAGACUGUUUUUAGCAUCUCACCACCACAUAACACUACCCCUGCUGGCCGGCCUCAAACAUUUAGCCCAGUAGUUUUACCCGAAGAUCUCCUUGUUGAACCAAAAGUAGUAGCUUCUCCACCAUCCCCACCAGAAGCAGCACCCCGACCAAAGCAGGUUCGAAUGAAAAGAGUGUCCUCUCUUUCUGACCGAAUUGCCACCAAGAAAUCAAAAGCAGACUUUUUAGAAUUCGAUCGCCUUAGUGGAUUGGAAGAAGCAUGCAGGUCUAGCUCACUAUCAGCAAGGUAUGGAGUUCGAAUCAAAACACCAACCGUCAAGGGAAUACUUGAUCUGGAUAAGCUAAAUGAAGAGCCAAGUAGUGACUCAGAGAGUGCAAGAUCUGGUCCUUGGGAUCGUCUAUCAUUGUCUCGAGUUGGAGACGGCAACAAACCAGCAAAUUGGGAUUCUGCUAAUCGCAGUGGACUAACUGACUGGAACAAAUAAUUAGGGAUGCCGUCUUGCUCAGAUGAUGAGGUUCCUCCAUCAGACAGUGAAGAAGAAAGUCCCCCUAACCGUGACCAGCCCCACCUACGCUUUGAGAUCUCAAGUGACGAUGGCUUUAGUGUAGAGGCAGAGAGCAUUGAA